AUGUCCCGCACACCUCUCACCCUCCUCAAACGCACAAUUUCCACAUCGCCAUCCACAAUGGCUCCUAUCGAACGUAUUACCCUCUUCAAGGUCCCCAAUGAGGCGGAUCGCCUCCGUCUACUGGAGCAGUACAAGCUUCUUGCCAAGACAGCGACCAAGGAUGGAAAGCCUUACAUCGUUGCUGCUGCUGUCGGACAAUCAUUCGACGAUCCCCGAAACAAGGGCUUCAAUAUCUCGGUGAAGACGACUUUUGCUUCGAUGGAGGAUAUGAAAUAUUAUGAUACUGAGUGUGAGGCUCAUAAGGCGUUGAAGGCUGUUGCUGGGCCUGUGAAAGAGGAUGUCUUGACGACUUUUUAUGAGAAUAUUCUUUAG